AUGUCAUCAUCAAUUUUUGAAGGAACCUUCCCACAAGCAAUUCUCAAGCAAAUUCCAAUGUGGGCCAUGCAAGAGGGUGCUCCAUUCUUUGCACUCCUGCAGAAUGACACCAACAAUAAUACGAAUGGAACAUCACCGACCGAUGGACAAGUGCCUGAUUGGUUGGGAUGGGUUGGUGUUGUUGCUUGUAUUAUUGCAUGGGGUACUUUUGGUCUUCCAUUAAAAGUCAAAUGGAUCAAGGAAGCAAAUAUGAAUCCAAUCGUUUUUCAAUUUUACUUUUCAUCAAUGGUUUUGAUAACUUCUUUCAUUGUUUUGAUUUGGAAUGAGUGGUAUUUCUCAUUUUGGGGAAUUUUGGGAGCUGCUGUGUGGGUACCUGCUUCUUUAUUAAGUUUAAUAGCCAUUCAUUUACUUGGAUUGGGUGUUGCUCAAGGUGUUUGGAGUGGUGUCAAUAUUAUUACAAGUUUCACUUGGGGUGUUGCUCUUUUCCAUUCUGAAAUUGGAAAUCCUUACUUGACAGCUUUAGCUUUAAUUUUGAUGGUUGUAGGAAUUGUUGGUAUUGCAACUUGUUCUAAAUGGAAUUUACCUGAACUAUUGCCAGCUAGCUCAACUGAAACCAAGUCACUUGUCAAUGAAACAGUUACACAUUAUGAUGGAAAUGAGGAAAAUCCAGAAGCACCAAAUACUUUCAAUCCAGAAGUUCAAAAUAAUGAACAAGCUGUUGAGCAAACUAUUGAAACAACACAAGAAGAGGAAGAAUAUCCAACUCAACCACUCUCAAGAAAGGAAAAAAUUGUUUCCAUUUUGAAAUCAUCCAAAAAUUACAUUCUAGGUCUUGCAUGCUCGGUUGGAGUUGGUGUUUUGGGAGGUUCUCAAUUUGUUCCAUCUAGAUUUGAAGAAAAACCUGGUGUAGUUUACGUGGUUGGAUUUGGAUUUGGAUCUGCAGGUAUUACAUCUGCCAUUCUUGUCAUUUACUAUAUUUAUUAUAUUAUCAGAUAUAGAGUUGUCUUACCAUUCCAUCCAAAGGUUGCAGUUUUCCCAUGCAUUACUGCUUGUUUAUGGCAAGUUGGUAAUGUUAUGGCCACCUACGUGUCCAUGUCAAGUCUUGGAUUUACUAUUGGAUUGCCAUUGACACAGGCAAGUUUGGUUGUUGCUGGUAUUUGUGGACUUUUAUUCUUUAAGGAAUUGAGAGGAUGGAAGGCAAUUUUACAAUUCUUUGUUAGUGCUCUAGUUUUCUUAAUACCUGGUUGCAUUUUACUUUCUUUAUUUGGUAAAAAAUAA